UAGCCUCCAUGUAAUGUUGUAGAGAGCCUGUGACAUUCAUAUUGAGUUGUCUUGUCUUAAUUUAAAAGUAGAACUAUGUUGUCCUUCAUCACAUCGUUUCUUCCGACUUCCUACUUCCUACCCGGGUGGCUGACUCUAGACACAAAUCCACUGGACAGUUUACUUCAAGGACUGGUGGGUGCAUGUGGGAUCUCUGUGCUGUGCUCCCUGUUGAGAGUGCACUUAUUGUUAGAGGAGAGCUGGAGUGAAAAACAUGACAAAGAUCCAGCGAGUGAGAAGAAAACCAGUCAGCAAACGAGACCUAAAAGUGGACUUCCUGAGAUGCUCCAUUUUCUCUUUGUGACUGGGAUACUGGCUGUAGUGGGCUCUCGUGUGGCCUCACUGGUGGUCCUAGAAUUUUCUCUUCGAGCCAUCUCUGGAUCACUUACAGCUGGACCAGAGUCCAGGAAAUUUCUGCAGCAGCUGUUAGUUCAAAGCCAGUUCUCCCUGGGAUGUGCGCUAACCUGCAGUUUGUGCUUUCUCCACGAGGGGUCAUCUCAGCGCUGGCUUUGUCUGCUCCUGGCAGCAGCACUCAGCUGGUUCCUGGCUAGGCAGGCCACGGGCCUGCUGCACCAUGUCACGGCUCUAUAUAAACUCCACAGCUCACAGCGCUACUGCGGCAUUUGCAUCAGCCUCCUCACAUCAGGAGGCUGUGUGCUGCCCAUGCUGUGCAGGGCUAUGAUCAUUACCUUCUCUGUGGCCGGGCUGGCUGCUGUAUCAAUCAUCAACCAACAUUUCCUGUCUGCAACAGAAGCUCUCAGGUUUUGGACGCCACUGACUAUCUGCUACACACUGCUGGUGGUGUACAUGCAGGAGGAGCAGCACCGUCUGCCUGGCAGCCAGGCCGUCCUCAACGCAGUAAUGGUGCGUCUCGGAGGUUUGAUGGUCCUGAUGCUGACUGUUGGGCGCUGGGCCGACGUGCUCCACAUCCUAAUGUGUUUCCUGGGUGAGGCCAGCUGUCUAAUCCCCGCGAAGGAUCUGCUGGAUGCAGCAGCCUCACAGGAUGAAGAGGAUUAUACCGGCUACGUAAAGAGAGAGCGUCGACAGCGACCACGAGCACACGACAAGGAGCACAAAAGAUAGAGGAGAGCGUACGGGAGCCAUUUUUAGACGUCCACAGUUGUUGUUUUUUGUACCUACAAAUAUUUUGUUUUGUUUUUUUCAAUUAAACAUUCUGCAAAGACUCUAAUGUAAAUGUUGUUCUUGGAAUUGCAGUCCAGUGAAAACCUGGAUUUAUUAAAAUGGUUUUGCUCUGUGAACAAUAGCA